UUUCUUAUCGAUAUGCCGAAACGAGUGCCAGAAAUUUCUCGUUCGCGCUAAACACAAAUGUAAACAAAAAGUCGUUCUUGAAUGCUAGACUGCUUGAUACACUUACAACAGUUUAAUAAACCAUUCUUUAAAACCAUUCGCACAGCACACCAACACAUACAUAUGUAAGUCGUCUCAACAAUAAUAUUAGGCAAAAUAUGUGAAAUGUGUAUAUAUUUAGCUAACCAUGGAAGCUUCAUAAAAUUAUUUAUUUAGCCACCCAAAAAAAGAAAGAGUAAAUCGGAUGACGAAAUCGUGGGUAAAGAAAAAUCAGCUGUGAGUCGAAACAUCGAAGAGCGCUUAGUUUCUGUCUGCUGGUCGCUGUAAUACUUAUGAUAAGACUUACGCAAAUGGAUAAAGGAUCCCUAAUUUCAAAGAGUGUUAUCCUACCAAACAGACAUUGUGUUUCAGAUUUUAUUUAGAAGGAGCGGGAUUCUAGAAACCGGGGGACCAAACUAGUAGCACGUGGAAUGCAGCAUUGUGGAGAGAAUAAAACGAGUACGAAAAUGAUAUCCAGAAGAGAGCAUUGGCAACAUGGCAAUAAAUAAGAGUGCACGCCAGUAUAACGCUUCAUUCAGUUAUCGGACUUUGCGCAGUGCAGACACGCGUAUAAUGUGCGGAAUUUUUUCAAUAUUUUCGAAGGAUGGGGAGCCGAUACCCACGCAAAUCAUCCACGGCAGCAAACACAGUCUAAGGGAACUGGCCUAUCGACAGAGUGGAAAGCAGCGGCAUCGUGGUCCGGAUUCCACAGGCGUCUAUGUGAUUCCCUCGGACGGAGUGGCCAUGGUUCAUGAACGCCUGCGAAUUGUGGGCGUGGAAAUGGGCGAUCAGCCCUUCGUCUCUGAUGAUGGCAACCUCAUCCUGGUGGCCAACGGAGAGAUCUACAACUAUUUUGAGAUUUCGGCUGAGAUUGCAAAAAAACGUGGCUCCUACAGCCCGAAGAGCGAUUGCCACGUGAUACUGGAACUGUACCAGGAUUACGGAAAGGAUCUUCUGCAUUACAUCACCGGCAUGUUUGCUUUUGCCUUGUACGAUAGGAAGACCAAGGAAGUCCUUAUUGCCCGAGAUCCCUUUGGCAUUAUACCCAUGUAUGUGGGUGAGGAUGCGUCGGGAAACCUUUGGGUGGCCUCGGAGAUGAAGUGCCUGGUGGAUACCUGCUCUAAGGUGGAGACUUUCACACCUGGCGAGGCUCGAUUCGGUAAAGUUGGUGACCUUAAAACAUGCUGGCAGUUUCAAGAGUCUUGGAUCAGGGAGGUGCCCACCCAAACCUGCGAUUUGGCCCUACUGCGAGCCAACUUGGAGUCUGCGGUGCGAAGUCAUCUGCAGUGCGAUGUUCAUCUGGGAGCUCUGCUGUCCGGCGGAGUGGAUUCCAGUCUUAUAGCCUCCAUAGCCACGAAGAUAAUGCGCGAAAGGGAUCCCAACUUCCGACUGAAAACCUUCUCUGUGGGUCUGAAGGAUGCGCCCGACUUCCAGGCGGCCAGGAGUGUGGCCAAAUAUAUAAACAGCGAUCACAAGGAAAUUAUAUUCGAGAUCGACGAAGCUCUGGAUGGCAUUAGGGAUAUUGUCUAUCACUUGGAAACCUAUGAUGUGACCACAGUGAGAUGUAGUUUGCCCAUGCUGUUACUGGCUAGAUAUAUAAAGAGCACCGGCAUCAAGAUGAUCCUCUCCGGCGAAGGAGCCGAUGAGAUCUUUGGUGGGUAUUUAUACUUCCACAAGGCCCCAGGCUAUAAGGAUUUCCACGAGGAGCUGGUGAAGAGAGUGCGCCAGCUGCAUUUAUCCGAUUGCUUGCGGGCCAACAAGGUAGCCAUGGCCAAGGGAGUGGAGCUGCGAGUGCCCUUUCUGGACACGGGCUUUGUUAACCAUGUGAUGCAAAUCCGACCGGAGGAUAAGAUCCCCGGGCCCCUCAACAAAUUCGGGGAAGAACAGAAAAAGCGAUUGGAAAAGUAUGUCCUGCGAGCCGCCUUUGCGGAUAACUAUCUGCCCGAUGAAGUCCUCUGGCGCCAAAAGGAACAGUUCUCCGACGGGGUGGGAUACGAUUGGAUCGACAGCAUCCGCAGGGUGGCCACCAGCCAUGUCAGCGAUGAAGAAUUCGCCGGAGCCGUCCUACGGUUUCCUUUCAACACGCCCACCACCAAGGAGGCCUUCUACUAUCGCUGCAUUUUCGCCGAACAAUUCCCCGGAGAAUCGGCAGCCCGAACCGUAGUCAGAUGGGUGCCACGCCUCGAUUGGGGCUGUCCGGAGGAUCCAUCCGGACGGGCACAGGCCGUCCACCAAUUCAACGAAGACUGAUAAGAAGACCUUCAGUAAAUUAGUGUAGUCUGAGAAAUUCCAAUCAGCAUGCACAAUAAAUUUAUUCAAUUGGUAGU